AUGCCUGCCUACAAGAUCAAUGCUCCCUUCCGUGCCGAGCAGGUCGGUUCCCUCCUCCGUCCCAAGGAGCUUCUCGAGGCCCGUGCCAAGAAGGCUGCUGGAGAGAUCACCCCCGAGGAGCUCCGUGCCGUCGAGGACAAGUGGAUCGCUCAAGCUGCCAAGGAGCAGUGCGAGUGCGGUCUCAAGUCCGUCACCGAUGGUGAGUUCCGUCGCGCCUACUUCCACCUCGACUUCCUCGAGCACCUCGAGGGUGUCCGUGUCGCCCACCACAACUUGAAGUCCGACAACAAGGCCGACUACAAGCCCCCCACCCUCGAGGUCGUCGGCAAGAUCCGCCACGUCAAGGACAUCCAGGUCGAUGACUACAAGUUCCUCGCUCCCCACGUGAAGGCUCCUUUCGUCGCUAAGGCUGCUAUUCCCUCCCCUACCAUGUUGCACUUCCGUGGUGGUCGUCAGGCCAUCUCUGAGGAGGCUUACCCCAACCUCGACGACUUCUUCACCGACCUCGCCAAGGCUUACCAGGUCGAGAUCAAGAACCUCUACGAUGCCGGAUGCCGUUACCUCCAGCUCGAUGACACCAACCUCGCUUACCUUUGCGACCCCAAGAUGCGUGAGGCUGCCGCCCAGCGUGGUGAGGACGUCGAUGCCCUCCCCCGCAACUACGCCAAGCUUAUCAACGCUUCCCUCGAGGGCGUCCCCGAGGACAUGGUCGUCGGUGUCCACUUGUGCCGUGGUAACUUCCGUUCCAACUUCUUCGCUUCCGGUGGUUACGAGCCCGUUGCCAAGGUCCUCUUCCAGGAGCUCAACGUCGACACCUACUUCCUCGAGUGGGAUGACGAGCGUUCCGGUGACUUUGCUCCCCUCCGCUUCUUGCCCCCCAACAAGACCGUUGUCCUCGGUCUUGUCUCCUCCAAGCACGCCAACAUGGAGACCAAGGAGUCCCUUAAGGCCCGUAUCGCUGAGGCUGCCAAGUACGCUCCUCUUGAGCAGCUUUGCUUGUCUCCUCAGUGUGGUUUCUCCUCUACUGCUGAGGGUAACGAGGUUACUCCUGCUGACCAGUGGGCCAAGUUGAAGCUUUGCAUUGAGGUUGCUGAGGAGGUUUGGUCUGACGCUUAA